AUGAUGAAUGUAUCCAUUUUGUUGAGGAAUUCAGGAAUCUGGGAAAGUGCUGUGAGUUACACAAGAUACAAGAGAGAUGGAAUAGUUAUUGCAAAAUCAAUAUCUUAUGUGAAUAUUAAAGAUACAAUUGCAGCGGAAUUGGAGAUAACCGAGAUGAGGAAAAAAUUUGAAAUCAGAUACAUUAUGGAAGGAAAUUCAUCUCUAUUGCUGAUUAGGAACGACAUGGGAAUUCGACUGUAUAUAGAGGUGAAAAGAAGCAAGCCUGUAAUUUCAAUGUAUCCAUUAUGCAUUGAUACAUCUGACAAAAUCAAUGAGAAGAUUCCAUGCUUUGAUGGUUCAUCAGGAGAAAUUGUUUGUUUAGUAGGAUCAGAUAAGGAUACCCAAGCUCUUAUUAUUGUUGAAUCAAAACUUGGUGAUUCGUAUUGUAUUCCUGAGUUGAAAAUAACUAAUUACAUUACCGAUUCAAAUAAUAUAAACGUGAAAGAGAAGCAACUCUAUAAGAAUAAAGAUACAUUGAUCUAUGUAAUAACAAAAUAUAAGGUAGAACACAACUUUAAUUUCAAGAUAAAGAGAUCUGAUGUUAAAAGGAAGAAUUCAGAUGUGUUCAAAGUGAGAUACUUUAAUAGUGAACGUACGUGUCCAUUAAGAGGUAUGAUGUUAACCAAGGUGCAAGCUACUGUUGGGUUUGUUAGUGUUGUCACAACUCCUAAAUUGGUGAAUCAUAAACAAAUUCAUAUGCCUAAGGAUGUAAUUGAGGAUUUCAAAAUAGUGUAUGAGAUUGAUAUUUCUUAUCAACAAGCAUGGUGUGCUAAGGAACGUGCGCUGGAGAUGAUAAGGGGAAUGCAUAAAUCAGAUAAAAAUGAAUUCAUGUAUUUGUUUAUAUCAUUGAGGCAAUUUAUGAGAGGUUUUGAUUUCUACAAACUGGUAGUGAUUGUUGAUGGUGCAUAUCUUAGUGCAACAUACAAUGACACAUUUCUAUCAGCAAGCACGCUUGAUGGGGUUGUUCCAUCAUCUAAGUUUAUUUUUUCAGUUUAUGAAACCGGAAGAAGAUACAUUGUUUGCCUUGAGAAAAAAAUAUGUAAUUGUGGAAGGAUUCAAAUUGAAGAGAUGUCUUGUUCACAUGCGAUUGCUAUUUUAAAGAGCAAGAACAUUACAGAUAUACAUCCCUAUUGCUCUGAUUACUACAAACCAGAAUCAUUAGCAAGCACAUACGAAGUGUCAAUGAUUCUAAUGCCAGAUAAAGACGAUUGGUUGGUCCCAGACAAUGUUUUAGAUGAAAUGAUAUUUCCACCUAGAUUCAAAAGAAUGCCUGAAAGACCAAGAAAAAGUAGGAGAAAAAAUUCUGAUGAAAAAUUAAAAUCUAACACAAAUUGA